CUGGAAGUACAUUUUGAAGCGUGCUUUUACUUUACUAAUGUUUUGAAUGCAGGACUUUUUCUUGUAGUGAAAUGUUUUCACAUUUUGUACUUACGUCCUUUAUCGCUACAAACACCAGUGAAGGAAAUCUACAAAAGAAAGAAGAGAAAGAAAAAAGAGGACAUAAUUCUGUAAAGAAACACAUAAAUCUUUUGGGAUGAUAUCAGCUGAACGGAAGAGUUGUUAAUCAUGAUGAAUGUGAUCCGUGCGUGAUUUCGAGCAGACGUGAGUGCGUUCAAAGUGAGCCCAUCGUCCACGCAUCCGUCAUCGCGCUGCUCCAGAUGUGAACGCGAGUCGUCACGAGAGCCAACACUGAACCGCAGCACCGAGCGCAGGACUACACAAGAUGUCUGCUGAGCUCUACUCUGCGAGCUCUAACAAUGCGAGUCUUCAAGGCACCACAGUAGGAGGCAGCAAACCUUUACACCGCUUCAUUAAGGGGCAACCCAAGAUAACUGGCAUCAUUGUGCUGGUUUUGGGCUCAUCUUUCGUAACCAUUUCCAUCGCUAUCAUGCGAGACUCUGUUAAUCACAUAUGGGCAGUUAUCCCACCUGGCUUCCUGCUGGGAGCUCUGUUCAUCAUAUGUGGGAUUCUGUACAUUGUGACAGAGCACAACCCGACCAAGAAAACAGUAACCAUAUCAUUGGCUCUGAGUAUUGUGGGCCUACUGGUGGCAUGUUGGACUAUCCUGCACAUCGCACCCAACAUAGCACACAGCCACUACUACAGACGCUAUUACUAUCAUGAGUAUUUUAAUGACAAUGACACAGAGGACAAAGUCUUAUGGUCUUCACGUUAUGAGGCCAUGGGAGUGUCGAUGGAAGGGAUCUUCCUGUUCUACACCGUUUUGGCUGCAAUUAUUUUCAUUGUAAUGUCGAGUCUGGCAGGGGCCGCCCUACGUUCCACAAAGAGCCAGGCUGUUGUAGUGAUGACCACAACAGCGACUGAAACACCAGUUGAAUAACAAGGAGAAGUGUGAUUAACUGAACAGAGAAAUGAAAGAUGAAGCAUACAGUGACAGCAAAGUAUUUGUCUACAGGAUAUCCGGUAGCAUCUACAAAUCCUGCAUCCUGUUUCCUAAGCACUCCUAACUGGCAAAUUGUAUUUGUAUAUGUACACCAUGGUUUAAAAGUUUGGAAUCUGUUACACUGAUGUUAUUUUCUUCUUUUGUUAUUUUAGUAUAGAUUUUAACAUAGAUAAACACUGUAUAAUGUAGACACCAGAUGUAUUAUUUACUGUUGAAUUAGUUUUGGAAUUGAAAAACUCAGUUAUUAUUAUUUUUUAUUUUUUUUUCCUCUGUCCUGAAAAAACACAAGUGACCUAAGAUCACAACUGAACCACAACAGUUGUUGUAAUUGAGCUCUGAAUAAUUUGGGAAACCAUUUUUCUUUGGGCCCUCUGGACUCAGAGGUUAGACUGAAUACGUUCAAGCUGCAAUUUGUCAGUGCACAGUAUGCUCAAACCAUAUUUGUGGUCCAACUGCAAUACUGUUCACUCCAGAUGUUUAGUUUAAAGAACAGCUUUGUGAAAAUAACAUGACUGGCAUUAUAAAUAACAUUAUAGGCAUUAUUGUGCGCUUGACAUUGAAAAAGGAAACCCCUUCCUAAAAUCUGCACAGUCCAUUUUACCCUGUGUGUGGGUUGUUUUAAUUAAAAACUGUGAAAUCAGUUUAGGACAGGCUUGAGCUGGGAUAAGCUUGAUGCUGCGCUUUUAACAGUAAAGACACACCACUUCUUAAUAAGUGAGCCCAGGUGUUUAUGGUAUAUUCUUGUUAUAUAUCUGCCACUAUUAAAAAAACAAAACAAAACAAAA